AUACGAAGUUAAGUAUACGUCGGUGUAUUAUAACUUAAUCAAUACAUUUCAACUAUAUUUAAAAUUGAAUGAAAAUGAUGACCUUCAAAUAUUUUCUGAUAAAAUGACGGUAUUAAACUGAUACAUAAAAAGAUCAUUUUUUUAAAUAUUAAUGCUAUAUCUCAGUUUUCUACAAAAUUAUUUAUUCAUUAUAUUUCAGAAUUUGAGCACUCCUCUUAAUAAGGAUUGGCACUUUUUUGUAUACUAAAAUAUAUUACGUAAUAUGAAGAUUAAACUCUAUUAGGUUACAUUAUUUAAAAACGAUAAAAGGUCAAAUUUGACAUCUACAUACAAAAAAAUGGAGAUAUAAAAAUGGCGCGGCAUAUUAUAUCGUUGUACAAUUUAGCUACUGCGUGUUCAGUUAGACCUACACUUUCAAACAUUGAAGCAUAUAAAUACAUUCCAAAACGUUACAUAGCCGGAAAAAUGGGAAAACCAUCAGUUUACGUGACAAGACAAGUCAACAAGGAAGCUUUGGAUUUAUUAAGAGAACACUGUGAAGUAACUUCUUGGAGAGGAGAAGGUCCAGUUCCCAGAGAAGAGUUACUCAAGAAUAUUGAAAAUAAAGAUGCGCUCUUCUGUAUGUUAACUGAUAAAAUCGAUGCCGCUGUUCUGGACAAAGCUGGUGAUAAUUUAAAAAUAGUUGCUACUAUGUCUGUGGGAUUUGACCACUUGGACACAGAAGAAAUUAAAAAAAGAAAUAUAAAAAUAGGUUAUACGCCUUCCACGCUAACAGAUGCUACAGCUGAACUUGCUGUCGCUCUCCUUUUAGCAACUAGUAGAAGACUUUUCGAAGCAAAUGAAGAGGCUAGAACAGGCGGAUGGCAAGCGUGGUCCCCAUUUUGGAUGUGUGGACCAGGCUUAAAAAACUCAACUGUGGGAAUUGUAGGAUUUGGAAGAAUAGGCCAACAAAUAGCGAAAAUUCUCAAAGCAUUUAAUCCCAAGAAAAUUAUUUAUUACAAUAGAUCUGAAAGAAAAGAAGCCCAAGAAAUAGGUGCUGAGAGAGUAAAGUUUGAUGAACUUCUGAGCCAAAGUGAUUUCAUCAGUGUAAGUGCUGCUCUAACACCAGAUACUAAGAAUAUGUUUGAUGACGAUGCUUUCAGAAAAAUGAAACCUACGGCGGUUUUUAUUAAUACAAGUAGAGGAGCUCUAGUCGAUCAAGAUGCUUUAGUCCGAGCUCUUCAAAAUAAAACUAUUUGGGGAGCUGGACUAGAUGUCAUGAUACCUGAACCUUUGCCUUUAGAUAAUCCAUUAUUUAAAAUGAAAAAUUGUGUUGUUUUACCACAUAUUGGAAGUGCUGCAAUACAAACUAGAAAUGAAAUGGGUGUAGUUACUGCUAAAAACAUUAUAGCUGCUCUUAAAGGAGAAAAAUUGCCGUUUGAACUGAUUGUUUAAAACCAAUAAAAAUUUCAUUAAAUUUUAAAUGAUACGGUUCUGUCUAAAAUGGUGUGUACAUGUGAAGCUUGAUAGUGAACAUUAAUUAGGUUAACUUACUUGCAUUCACAUAAUAAAUAGGAGUUGUGAAGAA